UUUGUUGAUCUAGUCGACUUUGAUUUUGUAGAUUUAGUCAACUUUGAUUUUGUCAGUUUAGCUUUACUAAUACGAUACUAUUUACUAUUGCAUGCAGAGCAAAAUGAAAAUUUGAAAUUUUCU